UGUGUUUCCUGCUCCUUGUCAGAUCUUUACCUUUGCUGUCAAACUCAAACUACCAGAGUUUGAGUUUUGGUUUCUUUGCUCACCUGUGCUGCCUGCACUUUACUUGCUCAUAAUAUUCACUAAAUUAUUAAACUAAGUUGCUGCCACAUCUCCCUGCUUUUGGAUCCAAACCUGCAAUUACAGCAAAUCAUGUGAGUUCCAUUUAGUUUUGCUGUUCAUUUCUUUGAAAUGUCUUCUGGCAGCAGCCUGUGGUCUAAAGAUCAGUUUCUUUGCUCCAUCUGUCAGGAUGUGUUCACUGAUCCAGUCACCACACCAUGUGGGCACAACUUCUGCAAAACCUGCAUCACUCGGCUCUGGGAUGCAAAUGUUCCCUACAAGUGUCCUCUGUGCAACGAGCAUUUUGCCUCCAGGCCUCAGCUGAGAGUCAACACUUUAUUAAAAGAGAUGGUUGAUCAGUUCAGAGGUGAAGCUCAGCAGGAAGUGAGCAGCAGCUCAGAGCAACAAGCUGCCAAACCAGGAGAAGUUCCCUGUGACGUCUGCACUGGACCCAAACUGAAGGCCCUGAAGUCCUGCAUGGUGUGUCUGGCCUCCUACUGCCAGACUCACCUGGAGCCUCACCUGACCGCUCCACGUCUGAAGAAACAUCAGCUGAUGGAGCCGGUGGAGAACCUGGAGGACAGGAUGUGUCUGCAGCACGAUAAACCUCUGGAGCUGUUCUGUAGGACCGACCAGACAUGCGUCUGCUUGGUCUGCUCUGUUUUUGACCACAAGAACCACGAGUUUGUUCCUCUGAGAGAAGAAUCUGAAGGAAAGAAGGCAGAGCUGAGGAAGAUGGAGGCUGAAGUUCAGGAGAUGAUCCAGGAGAGACAACUGAAGAUCCAGGAGAUCAGAGAGUCGGUGAAGAUCAGCAAAGAUGCUGCAGACAGAGAGAAAGCAGAAGGCGUUCAGGUCUUCACAGCUCUGAUGGAGUCUGCUGAGAGAGGCCUGAAGGAGCUCCUCAAGGAGAUCCAAGACAAACAGGAAACUACAGAGAAACAGGCUGAAGACUUCAUCAGAGAUCUGGAGCAGGAGAUCUCUGAGCUGAAGAAGAGGAGCUCUGAGGUGAAGCAGCUCUCACAGGAUGAAGAUCCCCUCCACCUCCUCCAAAGCUGCUCCUCCCUGAAAGCUGCUCCACCCACCAAGACCUGGACAGAGGUCAGAGUUCAUCCACCAUACUAUGAGGGGACUGCGGUCAGAGCUGUGGCUGAGCUGCAGGAGGAGAUGAAGAGGAUGAAGAAACUGAUGGAGGCUGAGAUGAAGAGGUUCCAGCAGUUUGCAGUGGAUGUGACUCUGGAUCCUGAUACGGCUCAUCGUCACCUCAUCCUGUCUGAGGAUGGAAAACAGGUGAAACAUGGAGAUGAGAGGAAGAAACUUCCAGACAAUCCAGAGAGAUUUGAUCAGUGUCCAUGUGUUUUAGGACAGCAGAGUUUCUCUUCAGGCAGAUUUUACUUUGAGGUUCAGGUUAAAGGAAAGACUGACUGGGAUUUAGGAGUGGCCAGAGAGUCCAUCAAGAGGAAGGGAACCAUCAACCUGAGUCCUAAGAACGGUUUCUGGACUAUUUGGUUGAGAAAUGGAAAUGAGUAUGAAGCUCUUGAUGGCCCUGAUGUCCACCUCCAUCUCCAUCCUGGUCCUCAGAAGGUCGGGGUGUUUGUGGAUUAUGAGGAGGGUCUGGUCUCCUUCUAUGAUGUAGAUGCUGCAGCUCUGAUCUACUCCUUUACUGGCUGCAGCUUCAAGGAGAAACUCUACCCAUUCUUCAGUCCUAGCCUUAAUGCUGGAGGUAAAAACUCUGCUCCUCUGAUCAUCUGUCCUGUUAACCAGGCUGAUUGUUCCUCUGAUGAAUCUGAGUGACUCUGCAGGUGAAGUCCAGCUGCUGGCGAGCAGAGCUUGGAAACGACCUCAGCAGGAAGUAAACAGUUCAGGUCAAAGCUGGAUUAUUUACUGCAGCUUUUUGAUUCUGUUUCUGGAAAUUUCCAGCUUCUGAUUAUAAAUGUUAACUUGGUUCAUUUCAUUGUUUCCUGUUCCUCUUUAACUGAACAGUUUUAGAACUGCAUGCAAACAUUUUGAACUGCACAUCAAAUUAAAACUGCUUAUUUCUAAA